CGGGGUCGGUAUGCGGGGCGUGCGAGCCCCGCCUCCCUCCCCUCCUAGCGCCCAGCGCCUCAGGCCGGUUGCCUGUGGCCUCCGGGCUCGGGGCGGGGCGCGUCGUAGGGAGCUCGAGGGGCAUCUUUGCGGGGCUGUGGAGAAGGCUACGCCGCGCUGCGCCCGCUCGAGCUCGGCCAUGGAGCGCUUCUUGCAGGGCUGUCGGGCCGCCGUGCAGGAGUCCCGACCUCUGCAUGUUGUAUUAGGAAAUGAAGCCUGUGACUUGGACUCUAUGGUGUCUGCUCUUGCCCUGGCCUUCUACCUGGAAAAUACAUCUGAGUCCAAGACAGCCUUUGUGCCAGUUUUAAAUAUCCCACGUUCUGAGCUACCCCUGAGAGGUGAUAAUGUCUUUCUGCUCUCGGAACUUAACAUCCCAGAGUCCUCAUUGAUUUUCCGAGAUGAAAUUGACCUUCAUGCUUUGCACCAGGCUGGACAACUUACUCUUACUCUUGUUGACCAUCACAUCCUUCCAAGCAGUGACGCAGAUCUAGAGAAGGCUGUAAUAGGGGUGUUGGACCACCGGCCCCUGGAGCAACAACGCCCCCCUCCCUGCAGUGUAACAGCAGAGCUGGUGGGGUCCUGUGCCACUCUGGUGGCUGAGAGAAUCCUCCAGGGGAAGCCAGAAAUCUUGGACUGGCAGACUGCAGCACUUCUGCAUGGGACCAUAAUCUUGGAUUGUGUCAACAUGGCUCCUGAGGCUGGCAAGGUCACCCCAAAGGAUUCCAAGUAUGUAGCACAGCUCGAAGCCCAAUUUCCAGACCUACCUAGUAGGAGCAACAUCUUUGAGUCCCUGCAGAAGGCAAAAUUUGAUGUAUCAGGGCUGACUACAGAACAGAUGCUGAGAAAGGAUCUGAAGACAAUCUCUGGGGAUGGUACCAUGCUGGCCAUUAGUGCAAUAUACGUGGAUUUGGAGGUCUUCCUUCAGAGAUCCAACCUCAUGGCAGAGCUAGAUGCUUUCUGCCAAGCUCAUGGCUAUGAUGCUCUUGUCGCUAUGACUAUCACUUUCAAUACUCACAAUGAGCCAAUGAGGCAGCUGGUUAUUUUCUGUCCUAGCAUGGACCUCCAGAGUACGAUCUGUGGAGCCUUGGAAUGUUCCCAGUGUCCACCCCUGAAUCUGACUCCAGCCCCGACCCCCCACCCUAACCUCAGAGCCUAUCUCCAAGGAAAUGCUCUUGCUUCCAGGAAGAAAGUUCUCCCCCUCCUCAGAGAUGCCCUAUGGGCACAUCCUGGUGCCAUGAAGACACUCUCAGGGAAGCCUGGGCCAGAAGGCUGCUCCCAGGAGCAGAUGGAUGAUGAACUGGACAAAGCCAUUAAUACCCUGAUUCCCGAAAUGAGUCGAGAUGAGGAGGAACCGGUGCUGCCCCCCACACCCAUGAACAGCUUGGUAGAUGAGUGCCCUCUCGACCGGGGCCUACCUAAACUCUCAGCUGAGGCUAUCUUUGAGAAAUGUAGCCAGAUCACAAUGGCACGUUCUUCCACCAGUCCUCCCCAGAAGAAGAAGUGACUUUGGGGGUGGGAAUAGGGGGAAGUUGCAGAAUAUGGUGGGAGAAGGUGCCCAGCCCAGCUUGAAUGCAUGAUUUGGAAUGUGUAGAGAAUUUCUGUGAUUCUCUUCAUUGCUCCAGGACCCAGAUACACUAUUCACAUAGAUGUGGGAGGAGAUAGAAGUGAAAGGAGAUGUGAUGGCCCUAAGGAUGGUUUUCUACCAUCCCCACCAAUUUGCCACCAAUUAGCCAGUUUUCUUUAUUGAUUCGUUCUGGAAAUCUGCACUGACCUCACUCUUCUACAACCCAAAGGUACAAUCUCACACACAGACCUAUGAAAUGAUAGCUAUUAAGAGGGAGAAGGAAAUGGGAUCAGGUGAACUCCAGCAAUGCUCUCAGUCCCUAUCUGAACAAAGACUGGGUACCUUCCAUGAAACUGAGGGACAAUUCCAUUUGUUCAGCAAGUGUUUGACUUUGUAGGUAGGGAGGAGAUGGCUUUGGAAACUUACAGGUUUCAACCUAUUUAUGAUGCCACUACUGAGGUAAUGGCAUUUAAUUCAAAAGUUAAAUUUCCCUUCAACUGGUUCCAUAAAAUUGGUUGUGGACUCUCUCCAACAUUGCAAAGGAUUAUGCCCGAGGCUGGAUAUUUAGUUUCACUUUCCUGAGCUGGUUACCAGGCUUUAGGAUUCUCCCAGUCAGUCCCCUUUUCCAUUGUGCCAGGAUUUCUUAAAGAUUACUGUCUGAUCAAGUGUUUGGGAACUAAUCAGUGAAUCAUUCGCUUAAAAAAAGAGUCAAACUGAAGCAGUGGUUCAUUCUCUGUCUCUGCCUUACUGUGUGUCUAUCGCUGAUCUGUCUCUUGUUUCUCUCUUCCCCUACCAUCAGUUUCUUUUAUGUUUCUUUCCUCUUUCUCUUCAUUUAGAACAGUUGGUAUUAUGGAAAGAAUUGGACUGAAAGGCAGGAGAUUUGAUUGCUGACUUUGCGUUUUAUUUUUUAUUGAUGCCCUUUGUAUUUACAUUUCUGAAUACAUCCCACCUUAAUCUUCCACCCAGUGAACCAUCCCUUGUAACAAAGAUUUUAAAAGAAAGAAAACACAGGUCUUAACUAUAGGACUGUGGGUGUCAGUUAACCUUGCUGAACUUCUGUUUCCUCCUCUAUAAAAUGAAUUAAUCUUCAUUGACUGAUCCCUGGGAUUUCUUCCAAAUGUAAGUCUUUUAUCUGUCUUUCCCUCUAUUUUUCUGUCUUCUUUCUCCAUCAGUUUUCAUUUGAGGAUGUGAAGUGGAAACAUAUUCUCCCACUCCCCAACUCAGCCCAGCAAGGUCCUGUGUGUGUGUGUGUGUGUGAGAGAGAGAGAGAGAUUGAUUGAUUGAUUGAUUUGGCCAAAGGACUCAGCCUCAUGUAGCAUAUACAAGUAUAUGAAUCAUACCAUACCUUAGUGAUUUAACCAGGAGCAGUCUUCCAUUGACUCGCAUGUGUUUGAUUCAGCCCUCUGUUCUUCCCCUUUAAUGUCCUCCUAUACCCCUCCAAUAGGCCUGCUUCCCUUCCACUUCUCUGUGUUCCCAGAUGACCAGAGAAGGUGCUACCGUUAACUGAGUAUUUAAGUACCUUCCACCCUUUGGCAUGGCAUUGAUGGCAUUGUCCCUCAGAGAGAAUGAGAGAGAGAGAGAGAGUGUGUGUGUGUGUGUGUGUGUGUGCGCGCGCUCACAUGUACAGGGAAAUUGUUUCUUUGAAGGAUGUCUGCAGCUGUAUGAAAGAUAAAAAGCAAUGGCAUAAUCACUGAACCAAAGGAAUUUGUGUUUUGUAAUUGUGGGAGGUUUUAUUUUGCACUUUGUUAAAGCAUUAAAUGCAUUUUUCGUGUCCUGUGUCCAUUUGUCUUUUUAAAAACCCAAGCAUUUGCAUUCCCUCCUUUUGCCUUCCUCCUGUGAACCUCAUCCUUUUCUACCCAGUUCUGCUCUUCAAUAUGGAUGGUCAGUGGCUUUGCCCCUACCCAUCUCCAGCUCUCUUUAUUCCUGGAAUAAACAAUGCCAUCUUCGAGAGCCCUUUUCUCUGUUAAUAGAGGCCUAUACCCUCCCUAUGCAGCCUUGCUCAUCCUAGGAAGGCUGCCAAGAAUCAAAUCAGUUGUGAGACUGAGGAGAGGAACAUAAAGAGGUACUUGCUUUCUCUUAAGCACCUCCAGAGGCCAUGGGACUAGGAGAGAAAGAAGGGCCAGUUCUCUCUCUCCUCUCUCCCUCUCUUUCCAUCCCUCCCCUUCCGCCCCCCCUCCCUC